AUGAAACGACAGAUAGAAUCUGAGCAGCCGGCCGCAGAGAGAAAUCUAAGGUCAAGGCCGACGUACCCAACUUCCCUUUCAGAGCUCCUUUGGAGGUGUAGUCUCUGGAACCACUUCGUCCUUCCAGGUUUCCUUUUGGAAGGAUCCAAGGAGUAUGUAGUUAUUAUAUUUUAUCAUGUUUUAACUGGCUCACGAUUCCAACGUGAGAUCCACGCGAGAGCCGCCGCCGACCGACUAGGCCACGCAAGAGAAGGCAACUGCUUAGUAUUGGAGCCAGGUUAUGGCCAAGGUCACUCCCGCCAAGAGGAAGCAAACAGGCCUCAGUCAAUUAUGGCUUUGUUCCUUGUCAGAUAUGCUCAUGAUGAUCUUUCCAGCAGGUAUGGAACCAGACCCCUCAUGUCUACCUCUCCACCUAGUAAAAAAUUCAAGUUGGAAUGUCGUCUUGGUGUGGCCUAAUCAUUCUUCACAACUUCAUAUCGACAACUUGAUUGAAUUUCUCAUAGUUACUGUCAAUGUGGCAAAGAUUUUUAAAAAAUGAAACAUUUAGAAGC